AUGAGCGAAAAUAUUAAAAACAUUUAUAUUCGAGAAACAGAAACACGAAACACGCCUAAACCUCACAUUGUUUAUCGUGUUGAAGUGCAUGCGGAAGUUAGAACAUGGUCUAUUUGGAAACGUUAUAGUGAAUUUGACGAAUUGAAUGAUAAAUUGGUGCGGCUUUUUCCAAAUAAUCCACCACCUUUUGAAAUUCCUGCAAAACAUUACUUUCAAUCAACUUUAGGGAAUCCAGUGUUGGUUGAAGAAAGACGAAGGGGCUUAGAAGAUUAUUUAAACGGCAUUCUGUUUCAUAAAGAUGCUCGUUGGAGAGAAACAGAAGAAUGGAAAGAAUUUCUAUCAAUACCAACCGGAAGGCCUCUUGACGCUACGACUAUGUACUCUUCAGAAAGUUGGCUUGAUGAAUAUCAUCAAGUACAAGCUAUAACAAAAGAAAUUCGUUCACUUAUUAACCGUCGUGAAACACAUAUUGCACGUAAUGAAGUUCAAGCAUCACAUAAUUGUAGUGUACAAGCCAAGAAGAGCCUGACGACUCUUGGAGUUCGAACUUCUCAACUUGAAAGUGGACUCAUAGGAUUGGCAAAGGGAACGGGAAGAGACGGAAGAAUCAUGUCAGAAGGAGAGUUAAGAAGGCGACAAGAUCUUUUGAACGAUCUUAAAGACGAAAAAGAUACAUUAACUAAACUUGUAUUGGCACACCGACCAGAUAUUAAUAAAGCUACAAAACCAGCAAGUUCAGUUGAUCGAGCAGCGUUAUUCAGAGCGCCAAUUAGACAACGAUCAUUACCACUAAUUAAUAAUAAUGGAAUUGGUGCUUCGGCUAAUGAUUCAUCAAUCGUCCAAAAGGCACCAACAUCACGACGAGUGUUUGGUAACAGUCGAGCUAUGACUAUCGAAACUGAAGCAACUCGAGGAUUAGACAAUAAAGGGCUUGUCGAAUUGCAAAAACAAACAAUGGAAGAUCAAGAUCGUCAUGCUGAACAAUUUAGUGCUAUAUUGAACAGACAUAGACAUAUUGGAGUUGCCAUCGGUCAAGAACUAGAAAUUCAGAAUCGAAUGUUAUCUGAAUUGAGUGAAAAUGUUGAUCAGACAGCAAGUAAAUUAAGAGUUGCUACAAAGAAGCUGAAUGCUAUUAGAUGA